AGGCUUCCCGACAGCGCCGCUUCCGCGUGCCGUGCCCAUGGCGCGGCCGCAGCGGCGGAUCAUGCAGAAGACGUCGCCGGACCUGCUGCAGCGCUCGCGGCUCUUCGUCACGGAGGAGGGUCCCAUGGCCUUCUAUGUGCCGCCUUGCCUGGACGGUGGGCGCUUGCGGGGUUUGGUGAAAGCGGGGGGCGGCCGCAUCGCGACGCGGCCCGGCGAGGGCGAGGUGAUCAACAUCGUGCCGAGUGGUGCAGCUUGCAAGAAGCUGCAGGAGCAGAAGGGCAUCUCGUCCAGGUUCAUCACCGACACCAUGGAACUGCAGCAGUUGCAAGACCUGGCACUCUACCGCACCGGUCCCUUGCCGCCGCCGCCCGGACACGGCGCUGGGAAGGCCCGGAAGAAGUUUACCGCAGAGGAGGAUGCCGCCUUGGUGCGAUGGGUGAAGGCGAACUCGGGCCUUCGCUCACAGGGCCGGGAGCUCUGGGAGCGCGCCCAGCGCGCCAACGUGACGUUGCACACCUGGCAGUCCAUGCAGAACCGCUGGCGUCGGCGCCUGAAGGCCAAGCCAGCAAAGCGGGCGUCGCUGAAGCUGCGGUCCCCGGCGAAAGCAAAGGAUGCUGCAGAGAUCAUUGACCUUGACGACUCCCAGCCCAUUGCUGAUGGGAAGCAGGAUGCCGGCUCCGGCGCCUCCGCUUUGGCGCAGGGGCUUCGGAGGAGCAUGCGAAUGUCGCUGUCCCAGACCCAGCGGCGCAAGGUCCGGAAGAUGGCGCAGUGCCAGCACGCCUCGCAAGCACAUGUACAGGUAGCGGCCUCGCCGCAGAAGGCGAAGAAGUGCGGCUGCGCGGACGAUAUCUACUGGGGGGUUCCUGAUUGGCUGCUGGUGACUCAAGACAUAGGCACGCCCACAGAUUGCGCUGGCCUUUGAGACGGUUUCACCGAUAUCUGGCCAGUUGGGGUGUGCGCCAGCUGUUGAAUUACUGAGACGCUCGUGAAUGCACGCGGGGAGAAAGCAGGAAGCCCCGGCUCCGGCGGCUUGCAUUGCCAAAUGGGAUGCUGGGCUUGCGCUGCCGGACUGGCAUUCAGGUGUGCGGUGCAUAGAUACAUGA